GGUCAAAGGAUAGAUUUCUAUCUGAGUUUAUUUAACAGAUGUGGACUCAAAGGCUCAUCUCAUUCAGUCAUGGGUGAUCCUGGGAUUCAUUUAUGGACAUGGACACUGUUUGUCUGGCUGAGUUGGAUGUGUGUGGGUCAAGCGUUUGCAGGACCGCAGUACAUGGUGGCCAUUCCUGCAGUUCUUGAAGCUGGAGCUGAGACCAAACUCUGUGCGAGUCUCCUGCAGCCCAACGAGACUCUGGUCAUGACCGUCACUUUGAUGCCCCAAGAGCAGAAUACAACACUUUUCAAGAAGACAUCCAGUAAAAAGUUUCAUACCUGCACUCAAUUUAAGGUUCCUUUAGUGCAGAAUCAAGUGGUGAAGAAGCUGGAGGUAAAGGUACAAGGUGACAAUUUUUACUCUAGAAAAGUCAGGAAAGUCAUGAUCAAAGUCUAUCAACCAAUGACAUUUGUCCAAACCGAUAAACCGAUCUACCUCCCUGGACAAACAGUACAUUUCAGAGUCGUUACACUGGACACCAAGUUGAGACCUAGCAGUCAGCUGUAUAAUAUCAUCGAAAUUGCGGAUCCUAACAACAACAGGAUUGGGCAGUGGCUGAAUGAAACGUCAAACGGUAAAAUACUACAGCUUUCUUACUCCCUGAACUCUGAGGCCCGUGAAGGAAUCUACCAAGUCAUUGUGUCAAUUGGUGAAAAUAAACUACAUCACAGCUUCAAGGUGGAGAAAUAUGUUUUGCCAAAAUUUGAUGUAAAAAUAAAUAUGUCUGAUGAAGUAAGUAUUGAGCAGGAAGAAAUCAAAGCUGAAGUAUGUGCAAAGUAUACAUACGGACAGCCUGUGUCAGGCAGUGUUCAAGUUCAGGUGUGCCGACCUCUGAAUCAGAAUAUUUAUCGUGCCAGUGUACGCACCCCUGAGCAUCCAGAAAGAGUCCCUGACAUAACUGCCCCAUGCUACAAGGAGACAAAGCAGACAGACAAGAGAGGCUGUGCCACUUUUACCUUUACGAUGUCAGCUUUCACAAAACUUGACCGAAAGGUGCUGCAAGAUGUACUGGACCUCAGUGCCAAGGUGGAAGAGGAGGGCAUAGGUAUUUCACACCAACAGGAGAAGAGAAUAGGGAUUUCAUAUGUUGUUGGAAAGCUGUCCUUCAUUGACACACCCAAGAUUUAUGACCAAGGAUCAAAUGUGGAGGGAAAAGUUAAAGCAGUUCACUACAAUAAUACACCCAUUCCUGACAUGCCAGUGUACCUGUUUGAGGGUGAAAGGUGGUCAGCACGUCUGGUACAGAACCUCACAACUGACAGUGAUGGGAUUGCCACCUUCUCAUUCAGCACCGCAAACUUUAAACGGAACAUCCGCCUCCGUGUUGGCAACAAACCGACGCUGGACAACGUUGGUAAUAGAAUGCCAUACUAUGAGGUUGGAGAGCAUGUAUUUUCUGUGCCCGAACCUCCUUCUCCUGAUUCUAAAACAGUCAGCUCCCUGGAGGUGAAGAAGAAGGAUCAGCUACUUCUCUGUGACAGAGAAGAAGACAUCUCCAUCAAAUACACUGUAGUUCGAGAGACCCAGGGCUCUGUGGAUGUGAUGUAUCUGGUCUUAUCCAGAGGAGCCAUUAUCAUGCAAGGAGUUAAGCAGGUUGAAGUGCAAGAUAAAUCAGUGACUGAGGGAGAGGUGUCCUUCAAGUUGACAGUGUCUGCAGAGAUGGCACCACAGGUCCAGGUUGUAGCUUACGCCGUCCUCCCCAGUGAGACUGUGAUCGCCCACAGGGCUGACUUCUCCACCGAGAAAUGCUUCAGUCACAAGGUGUCGCUGGAGUUUUCUCCGCCCUCAGCUGUCCCAGGAGAGGAAACCAUCCUGCAGGUGACGGCCCAGCCAGACUCUCUGUGUGGUGUUAGUGCUGUCGACCAGAGCGUCCUCAUCAAGGAACCAGGGAAGACUCUGAAUGCAGACAAGAUAUUUGCCUUGUUGCCUGUCAGAGAAGCAUCCUCUGUUCCACAUGAGGUGCAAGAUCCUGAUGGAUGCCGCCAUGUGAGAACUAGAAUAUACAUGGCACACCACAGAAGGGUCAAAGGGAGAGAAGAUGAUGCUCAUUCAGUUUUCCAGAAUGCAGGGCUGAAGAUGACAACAAACUUUAUCAGAGUGCCUUUAUGCAUCAAGUACAGUGGAUGGGAACGUAGCCGUUACGGAAGUUAUAGCUUCAAGAAGCUUCCUCGACUCCGUGCUUCAGGAGCAGUACAAUUUAUGAAAAGACCCGUUAGUGCUGCCAGAUCAUCUCCUCCUCCUCCUCCUCCUCCUCCUCCUACUUCUCCACAACCAAUAGAGACAGUCCGCACUUUCUUCCCUGAGACCUGGAUAUGGGACCUGGUGGAAGUUGGAGAGUCUGGAACAAAGGAUGUGUCCCUCACUGUCCCAGACACCAUCACCACCUGGGAGACGGAGGCUUUCUGUUUGUCCCCUCAGGGGUUUGGCUUGGCUCCUCGUAAAGAUAUCACAGUCUUCCAGCCCUUCUUCCUGGAGCUCAGCCUGCCUUACUCCAUCAUCCGGGGGGAGCACUUUGAGCUGAAGGCAACCACCUUCAACUACCUGUCCAGCUGCAUCAUGGUCACUGUGACUCCAGCACCCUCUUUAGACUACACCCUCACUCCGCUCUCUGGUGACCAGUACACAUCCUGUUUGUGUGGCAGUGAGCGCAAGACCCUCAGCUGGACCAUGGCCCCCUCAGUCUUGGGGGUUGUGAAUGUGUCUGUGACGGCUGAGGCUGUGGCAUCCCACACUUCAUGUGACAAUGAGAUUGUGAGUGUUCCAGAGAGAGGACGUAUCGACGUGGUCACACGAUCUCUCAUAGUAAAGGCUGAGGGAACUGAGAUCACCAAGACCUACAACUUUCUGCUCUGCCCAAAAGGGGAAGCUGUGACAGAGGAAAUAGACAUCCAACUCCCCGAGAACAUGAUUGAUGGAUCUGCCCGUGCUUCACUUUCAGUCCUGGGUGACAUUCUGGGCCGAGCCCUGAAGAACCUGGAUGGGCUGCUGAAGAUGCCGUAUGGAUGUGGAGAGCAGAACAUGGCGCUCCUGGCCCCCAACAUUUACAUCCUCCAGUACCUGGAAAACACACAGCAGCUGACCGCAGCCAUCAAGGAGAAGGCUACCAACUUCCUGACCAGUGGCUACCAGAGACAGCUGAACUACAAACAUGGUGACGGUGCUUACAGCACAUUUGGAUCAGGACCGGGGAACACUUGGCUGACUGCUUUUGUGCUGAGAUCUUUUGCCAAAGCACAGUCUUUCAUCUACAUUGACCCAACAAAGCUUGCUGAGUCUAAGUCUUGGCUGGAUGAUAAACAACGAGAAAAUGGCUGUUUCCAGCAGCUGGGAAAACUCUUCAACAACAGAAUGAAGGGUGGUGUGUCUGAUGAAGUGACUCUCAGUGCUUACAUCACUGCUGCCUACUUGGAGAUGAAUGUGUCCCUAAAUGAUCCUGUGGUGAAGAAGAGCCUGUCUUGUCUCAGGGAGUCCAUCAGUGACCUCAGCAACACCUACACUACAGCUCUGCUGGCGUACGUCUUCACCCUGGCAGGAGAAACGGAGACCCGUGCUCACCUUCUGAAGCACCUGGACACUGUUGCAUCAAACCAAGGAGGUUUCCUCUACUGGUCUCAGACAGCGACAGAAACGUCAGCCUCUCUGUCUGUGGAGAUCAGCUCCUAUGUGCUGCUGGCCAAACUCAGCGGCUCUCCCACUGCUGAAGACCUGGGCGCCGCCACCAACAUCGUCAGAUGGCUGACGGGCCAGCAGAACUAUUAUGGAGGCUUCUCCUCUACACAGGACACGGUGGUGGCUCUCCAGGCUCUGGCUCUCUACGCCACUGCAGUGUUCAGUCCAGAGGGUUCCAGCACAGUGACAGUCCAGUCUCCCAGUGGCCAGCUGACAUUUGAUGUGAAUCAGAACAACAAACUGCUCUACCAGGAGAAGCUGCUGCAGGAAGUGACAGGAAAGUACAGCCUGGAGGUGAAGGGCUCUGCAUGUGCGUCAGUGCAGAUCUCUCUUCACUAUAACAUCCCAACUCCUGCUGAUGUCACCACUCUCAGUGUGGAGGUCAAACCAGAGGCCGACUGCACAUCUCUCAGACCCAAACUCACUCUGAAGCUAAAGUCCCUAUAUAGUGGAACAGCAAGCACUACAAACAUGGUGAUCCUGGACAUCAAAAUGCUCUCUGGCUUUGUCCCAGACCCAGAGUCUUUGAGGAGGCUCAAAGGUGCCCUGCUGGUGGAUCGUGUUGAAGAAAAGGAAGAUCACGUUCUGGUGUACAUAAGGGAGUUAACAAAGGACAUAGCUAUCAACCACAGCUUAGACCUCCUACAGGAGGUCACAGUGCAGAACCUGAAGCCAGCCGUGGUCAAGAUCUAUGACUACUACCAGCCAAGUGACCAGGCUGAGACAGAAUAUAUCUACACUUGUGCUGCAGGUAGCCGUCUGGAAUAAUAUACACAAGCCGUUUCUUACAGUUAUUUAAUGACCAAAAAAAAUUAAAACAUUUGGAAAUUAGUAAUGUGCCAAUUUUGUAACCUUAAACCAAAUUCAUCAAACUAACAGCUGCUGAGAUUUUAAGUCUUCACGUUGAAUUAUACAUUUUUAAAAUGUAUUCUUUUGCAGCUUGAAGAGUGAAGUGUGGUCAGUCCUCAGGUCGUCACUGAUUCCAGUAUAAUAUUGAAAGACAUGCUUUUUAUUAAAGAGAUUUCUAUGUGCCUUGUGUAACUUUAGACUGUUUGUAUAGACGUACACAAACAUUUACAUGUAUUUACUUGUUAAUAUUCUGCCACUAUACCUUACAGCUGUGUAACUACUGUUGGGGCUUUUCUCAUUUCAUAGAUUGUACCCCCUCAACUUUCUCUCCUCGUAUCUUUGUCCCUCUCCUGAAAUGGGAGCGAAAGAGUCGAGGAGGGAAGAGUCAAGACAACAAAGGUUUAACAAAAUGAGCUGUCCUUGCCUCGGCGCUCUCAUUUUAAAGCGAUGUCAGUUAAAUAUGACAUAUUGCACAGCUGCAUCAUCUGUGCUUUGUGUUGUUAAAACCUGCCGCUAUGAUCUGUCUCAGAUGAACAAACCACUUGUGGUACCAAUACACAAAGGCUACAGAUAAUAUUACAAUUCACAUAUUCACAAUCCAGAAACAUGUCUGUCAACAUUAUGACAUGCCGAAACAUCUUGGUUCAGGGGCGGACUAGCCAAUCAAGAGAACCGGGCCAAAUCCCAGUGGCCUGCGGGCUAAUUUGGUGAUUAGUGCUUGUUUUAUGUAUUUCUACUAUGAUUAAUUAGGCUAUGUAGUUAAAUUGUUUAUUUUUUUGUCUGUUUUAACUGGGUUUAUUGUUGACAUACGAUCGGGAUCGGGAGUCUGUACAGGGUAUUUUAUUUUGAAAAUUGACCGGAUUCGCCAUUUCCCAGGGGAGGCCCGCUGUCUCAGACUUUGAAAACCCCUGCCAUAGACUGUAUGUAAAAAGGUUAGUCCACAAAAAGUAACGGUUUGGUGUUUGUGUGAACAAGGUGGGGUUGAGUCAAAUUCCCGGCCUGAUUUCUUGUGUCAGUCCGCCCCUGUCUCGGUUUCAAUAAAAAAUUAUCGCAUAUGUUGAAAACAGA